ACGGACGUAUGCGUGUGGUGAAAACGCGCACCAGCUGUCUGUGUACACUACGACUACAUCAGCCGAAGAGAGCCAGCUGAUCCAUAUAAUCUGGGCUCUUUACACGCAGCUACAAGGCCCGAAAUUCUUUCCGAAUACGAAGUAAUCAGAUAAUAGCCUGUCUCCGUGUUUUUUUUUUCUCGACGGUCAUGGAGAAUCCUGUGAUAAUUUGAGAGGUUCCGCGACUGCGUUCUGCUGCUCUGUAAUUAGAAUCAGGGAAAUGAUCAAGACGACUUGAAAGCGCGAGAAUAUAGUUGUCAAACUCUGUUUGCUUGAAUUUUCCAAUACCAACCGAUCGUUGGCUCAUAUGGAUUAAAUGUUGAGCCUGGCACUCGAGAAGAUCGAUCUCUCAUCGUCGGCGUCCUCGUCGUCCUCGUCGUUGCUACCGAGAUCGGACCUUCUUCUUCGAGACCCAACCGAGCCAGACUUCCUGGUCAAGUCCUUCGUCAUGUCUGGCAAUCAGUCGGGCAUCAAGUGCCCCUCCGAGUAUGUCAAACUCAACAUUGGUGGUUCGCUGCACUACACUACCAUCAGUACACUCAGGAAACACGAUACCAUGCUUCGUGCCAUGUUCAGUGGACGAAUGGAGGUGCUCACAGACUCUGAAGGUUGGAUUCUGAUAGACCGCUGCGGCAAACACUUUGGAACAAUACUCAACUUUUUGAGGGAUGGCACUGUUCCCUUACCCGAGAGUACAAAAGAAAUGGCUGAACUUCUUGCAGAGGCAAAGUACUAUUGUAUCAGUGAAUUAGCUGAAUCUUGCGAACAAGCACUUCAGAAGAAGGAAAGGGAGACUGACCCCAUAUGCAGGGUACCUCUCAUAACGUCGCAAAGAGAAGAGCAGCUGCUCAUUGGCAGCACCACUAAGCCUGUUGUCAAGCUACUGGUCAACAGGCACAACAAUAAAUAUUCGUAUACAAGCAACUCUGAUGACAAUCUAUUGAAGAACAUAGAACUUUUUGACAAAAUGUCCCUCCGAUUCAGUGGCAGAGUACUGUUUAUCAAAGAUGUUAUAGGCUCCAGUGAGAUUUGUUGCUGGACUUUUUAUGGCCAUGGCCGCAAAGUGGCUGAGGUCUGUUGUCACUCGAUAGUCUACACAACUGACAAGAAGCACACUAAGGUUGAAUUUCCAGAGGCUCGCAUUUACGAAGAAACUCUAAAUAUUUUGCUGUACGAGAAUCGAAACGGUCCGGACCAAGAACUCAUGCAGGCCACGUCCUCGAGAGGCGCCGUUAGCGGAGCGCCGGCGUGCACGUCGGAUGAAGAAGAGGGUGAGCGUUCUGGCCUGGCUCGACUUCGCUCUAACAAGCAGAAUACUAACUGACCCAGCCUCUUGCCUCAUCAUCCAGCAAUUCGUAACGUAGUGCGCUCUCUUAAGACUCGAGCCAACAUUAUAUAGCUUGUUUGGUGAAUAAUACCUUGAGAGGAGGCCUAUCAUCAUCUUAUUAAUUCAACUCAUUUUGUUCUCUCUUCUUCGACACAACGCUUUUAGAAAAUUUCAGCAAACAUUUGUGUUUCAAGCUUGUUCAUGCGCUCAUUGGCCUGCCUCUUCAAUUUCCAUAAAACUUUAUCUCUAAUGAUGCAACUGCACUGACUAUUUAGCAACAAACUAUCGAUAUUGAAACUUCGAAUUAGACCUAUAUCGUUUUUCAUACGAAUAUAUUUCAACUCUCGGGGUAACGUCAUUGCUCGUGUAAUAAGAAAGAUUGCCUUUUUCCAAAUGACUAUCUAAUGAACCGUUAUUGCCAACAUAAAGAAUUUCCUCACUUUCUGGCAACAAUACGUAAUUUGUCAAUUCAUCUUAUGUGCCAAACUUUUACAUAACUUACUAUACAUGUAAUAAAAACAAAUUGAACAUGCCAUUCUGGAGGCAAAACUUUGAUCACUCUUUACCGUUAAGAAGACGUUCGAAUUAGCUACGUAAAGAUACAAUCUAUAGAUUUAAAUAAUAUAGGUACUGCUAUAGCGAUAUUUGUCGUUUUGUUAUAACGAUAUUGACUGAAAUAUGUCUGUUGAAAGUAUUUAUUAUUACUUAUUUAAAUUUGUUAUCGUUUUAUUUAUUAUACGGUGACAAAUAAAUUUAGGCAAUUAUUUUUCUUAGAUAUACUGCCGAAAUUUCAUCAACUGCUUAAAUCUGUUGCUGCAAUUUAGUCUGUAUUUCAAUCAUAAUUAUUUUUUAAAAUUAAUAAUAUUUUAAUUUGCAUCGAAGAAAGUUAUUCAGAAAUCUGCUUAGCAAAAUUUAAGUUUUUAAAGACUAAAAUACAUUUAGGCUAGUUUGUACUGCCUUUUUUAAUUAAUUUUUCAACAUGUGAUAAAUUAAUUCGUUUUUAAAAAUUUAAAUGUGUAUUUUUUACAACUAAAUAAAAUAUAUACAUACCUUUGCAGACUUUGUGAAACAUGACUAUUCUAAGAUGUGAAUUUUUCUUACUUAUUAUACAUAAAAAUCCUUUUAUAUAUAUAUAUAUAUAUAUAUAUAUAUAUAUAUAUAUAUAUAUAUAUAUAUAUACCUAGUUUGACUAUUUAAAAUGUUUUUAUUUGAAUUGAUAUAAUAUAUUCCAUUGUACGUUAGCUUUAGUUGGAAAUUUUAAUUUAUUCAAGCAAAAAGUUAGAUAUAAUAUAAUUAAUAACACUCUCUAUUCGUAUUUAAUGUACUGUAAAAUAUACCACUGUAACAUCGACUGUAUUUUAUGAUAUCAAAACUGCAAAAAGAGUAAUUAUAAACGAAUAAGAGUUACAAAAGUAUAUAUUGAAAAAGAAAUGAUUGCCUGAUGUCAAACAGGGUAAAAAAGUAUAAACAUAAUCCAUAGAAAUGCUAAACUGCAAUGUGAAAAAAACACAUGUAAUGUACUCCGCGGUGUUUAAAAAGCGCAAUCGAUGUCGUAAAAUGAGUUAACAUUUUUAUUAUCAUGUAACGAAGAUUUAUUGAUUGUGUAUUAAGUGCGAUAAAAUAGGCCUAUGUAAAAAAAUAAGAAUGACGAAAAUAAUCAUUGAUUUGGAAUCGCUAAUAAUUUUAAUAACCGAUGAAUUAAUUUUUUUAUAUAGGUAAACUAAGGUUUGCAGAUAAAAAUACUUGAAGAUUCUUCAUUUUGCACGAGAGUUAUACGAAUCAGCUAUGAAUCAUGUUCGAACACACGUCUAAGAUUUGCGAAUGAACUGUGUAAAAAUACUGAUGAACAAUGCAAUGAUUAUCACAAUGUUCUAUUUACAGUAUAGAAAGUGUGUUCUACUUUAUUCUUAUAUAGUGUAAAGAAGGUGAAAAGUGUGUGGCGCGUCGUAAAUUUGUAGUUAAUCGAUAUAUAAGUGCCAAAAUGGGAAAAUUUUAAAACAUCGAUAUUUUAUGAUGUGUUAAAUCUACAAGUUUAUGUGAUGAUAUGAUUGUGUAAUAAAGAAUUGAAUGAAAAAAAA